ACAGUUUGAAUUUCGCUUUCGAUCUGGUUGGUUGUGUUUUUUGGCUUCUCUCUGCGUGCGCCGCUCGUGGUGGGAAAAAACGGAAAACAGGAGAACUAGCAAAACCGAAUAAAUCGAAGAGGAACACUCCAGUUUACAAUUGUCCUGCGACUAAAAACCAAUCGGAAAUUUACACUAUCCUCUAAUCCUUUUUGUUUGCCGGCAAAAAAAUAAGAGGCGCAAAGAAAUAAACGCAGAAAGCGAAGCAAAAUGUGAAAAAUUGCCGAACAUGGCGCCGCGUGUGUGAAUGAGAGCGAACGAUCGUGUGAGAGGGAGAUAGGGACGAAGCGAAGAUAAACAAUAAAAAAAAAACAAUUUUUGAUACUUAAAGUUCUACAACAACAAUAAACUCAGCUCAGGUACAACAACAAAACAGAAAAUUACGCAAAACACAACAGACUGCAUUGACGGGAAUUUUUCGAAGUAUUUUUGAUACACACAGCAAGGAGGUGUACAAUUUUUAAAGCAAUAAGUGAAAGCAAUUACCCAUCAAGUUAAAAAUAAUACCAAUCUCGGUAGAAACCCACUCGGAAAAUCCAACUGAAAACAAUUGAAAAAGGCAACCGAAAAGUUAAAACCUAAACAGACUAAAUCGCUAAAAUAACAAGCAUUUACUAUACACAAAAAAAUUAAAUUCCGUAUAAAAUCAGACUUUUGUCUGCAAAAUUUCUAAAAAUUUACAAAAACCCACUAAAAUUCACGAAAACUCACUGGAUCUGCCAAAACCAUCAGUUGAAAUAUAUUCUGGAAUCGGUUCAAAAAUAAAUAAAUAUAUGCCAGCAGCAUUUAUAUAGACCGCAAAUCGCACCAUAAAAUCGCGAAAAAAUCAACAAGCAAUAUUUUGAAAUUCAUAAUCGUUGGCAAAAUGCUGAUUCGAAAUAGAGAUUGAGGAUUCUCGAGGACAGCCAACCCAGCCAACCAACCAAGUUUUUCGCCGCAACGAGUGCAUAUUAAGAGGAAAAAACACAAAUUUAUGGCUCCGCGUCGCAACAGCAACAUCAGCAGCAGCGGCAACAGCACCCAGCAGCAGCACCAGCAACAGUUGCAGCAGCAGCACCAGACGCAGCAGCAUCAACUGCUGCAGUUCUACGCGGAGAACGUGAAUUCUUCAGGCGUCCUAAUGGCGCCCAUGCAGGGAACCGGUGGCGUUGGCGGCGUUGGCGGCGGGGGCAUGGUCCACUGCUGCCUGCCCAGCGGAGACUGUCGCAAACUGGACACCCUGAUACACCUGAACGAGCUCUCCCUGGCGGACUGCAUCCGUGUGCUGUGCAACAACGAGAACUGCAGCGCAGGCCAGUACAUGCAUCGCGAGUGCUUCGAGUGGUGGGAGGCGAGCGUGCUGCAGGCACUGAAGGCCAACGGUCGUGCUCGAUCCUGGUCGGAGCGGCAGCGUCUGCAGCACCUGUGGACCAAGAAGGGCUACGAGCUGGUCCAGAAGGCCUGCAGCUGCAAGUGCGGCAGGGGACAAUUGCGCAAGGACCUCGACUGGGUGCCGCCGAGCAGCCAGGGCGUCAUAUACCUCAACGGGUCUGGCAACCGGCCCACUCUGGCCAAUGGCAGCCUCAGCGAGGACGACGACAAGAAGAAGGCCAAGAAGAAGAGGAACCGCAACAACAACAACAACAACGGCGGCGGCGGUGGUGGUGGUGCUGGUGUCAAUGGCAACACCAAAACCCCCUUGAGCAACAACAACGGCAACAGCUACGCCGGACUCACGCCCAAUCCCAAUGUGGGCGUCAUAGGGUCGGGUUUGCCCCACAACAACGGCAACACCGCCAGCAAUGGCAGCAGUGGCAACAACGGCUCCUCCGGCGUUCUGCAGACCAGUGCGCUGGCCACUUUCAGCAACAUCCUCAAUACGAACAAUGUCCUCGGCCUGGACCUGCGCGCCAGGGCUGGCAGCCUAUCCUCCAGUGGAGCUGGCAGUGGAUCCACCUCGCCCUCGGACUCCCAGUCCAGUGGCGAGAUAUCCGUGUCGCCGGUGCAGCAAUUGCUGCCACAGCAGCAGCAGCAACAGCAGCAGUCGCUGCUGAUCCAGCCUCUGGGUCCAGCUUUCGGCAGCAACCUUUUGCAAAAUGGAUUGGGCUUGUCCAAGAAUCUGCUGAUUGCUCCCCAGCAGCAGCAGCAGCAGCAGCUGCAACAACAACAGCAGCAGCAGAAUAACCUGCCUGCUUUGGCCAAUAUCAGCAACUUCAAGCCAUUGGCCAGCUACGAGCAGCAGCAACUUGUGCAGCAGCAGAAGAACAAGGAGGUCGAACUCUAUUCCGAUCGAGUGCGCUCCACAUCUGGCUGCAAUGGGAUCUUUUCGCGUCGCCUGGACUUUUCGUCGUUCAAUUUGCUGCCAAAGACUCGUUUGAAUUCUUAUCAAGUCAAGAUUGAGGACGAGGGCAACCACGGCAACGAUGAGACGCGCCUGUUCAUCCUCUCAUCGCUGGCCCAAUCCCAGAUGAGCCGGGUGGCCUGCAUUCUGUGCGAGGAGCCGCUGCUCGUAUUCGAUCGCUAUCCACUGGUUGAUGGCUCCUUCUUUCUGAGUCCCAAGCAGCAUUCCAGCGGCUGCAUCGAGGUUAAAUACGAGGGACGCACUCUCUACUUGACCUGUGUUUGCAUGAGCUGCCUGGACGGAACCUCCAGCAGCCGGGCCAUCAACUGCAGAUUCUGCAAGGAGCCGUGGGAUGGCUCCAGCCUGGUUUUGGGCACCAUGUACGCCUACGACAUCUUUGCGGCCAUGCCCUGUUGCGCCGAGCGGUUCAAGUGCAAUAACUGCUUCAAGAUGCUAAUGCAUCCGCAGCAGCGUCUGAGCUUCUACAGUGACUACUCGCACGGAGUGACCUGUCCGUAUUGCAACACGCAGGACACGCACUUCGUUAAGCCGCUGACCUUCUGCUACGCCAAGACCACGGCGACGCGGCUGCCGACGCUCGCAUAACAUGAGGCCCCGUUGGAGUCGCCCGUGGGAACAGGUGCCACCACCACUCAGGUGCCAAAUGCCCAGGGCUCUCCAACGGCCUCCGGCUGCAGCAGCAACACCAUCGCCAGCAAGCAGCCACCGAAGCAGCCGCUCUACAAUGCCGCCAUCGAUUACUCGGCACCGCUGCAGCAGCAAAUUAAUCCGGACUUGAUUGGAGCCCAUCCGCAUGCCCAGCAGCAUCAGCAGCAGGUGCGGCAGCAGCAACAGCAGCAGCAGCAGCAGCAACCACAGCAGCAACAACAACAGCAGCAGCAACAGACACAACAACAACAGUCACAACAACAACAGCAGCAGCAGCAGCAGCAACAUCAGCCUGUGGUCAGCACUUUUCAGAGGGGCAACUUCCCUCAACAGUCCCAUAAAACCAUGAACAUGAUGGCCAUGGCGGAUGUGAUGAGCAAGUACCAGCAGCAGCAGCACCAACAGCAGCAGCAACAGCGCCAGCAGCAACACAACCUGCAGCCACAGCAGCAACAUGCAACGCAGAAAGGACUCGAGGGCCUUCUAUUGACCAACACAAACACAAGCAACAACAAUAGCAGCAGCAGCAGCAGCAGCAGUAUUAGUAACUUAAUCAUUAGCCAUAAUUCAGCCAGCAAUACAGGCAACAAAAUGCAGCCCACUUGGGGCCAGAGUGAUGCCAUCUCGGCAUUGUGGGGCUGCUCCAGCAGCAGCAGCGGCUGCUCCUCGGGCAGUGGAUCGCAGCCCUCGUUGAGUCCGACGGCCAGCAGCAAUGGCAACGAUGGCUCCAAGAUGAUGUUGUGGGCGGCCCAAAGUUCGCCACAAAAUGCUGCAACACUCAGGGAUGGAUUCAAGGAGUUGCAGCGCCAGCAGCCACCGCAGCAGCAGGUGCCACAGCAACAGCCACAUGCAGCCUCGCCCACAGCUUCGCUGACCAGUUCCAGUUCCUCCUCGAACGGAUGGAGCGCCUCGCAUUAUGGCAAGCCCAACAUCUGGGAGCUGCCAGGAUCCACCGGGCAAAGGACACCGGCCAGCAGCCACGACAUCUUCACCGAUCUCCUGUGCAACCUGAGCAUCAGUCAGGACAACAGCAGCCAGCAGGCCAGCAGCAAGGCUGAUGCCUCCGACGUCAGCUCGAAUUCCUCCUCGUCGGCCGGGGAACUCCUGGAGGCGGCCAAUAUCUGGAGGUUUCCAGAGUACGCCAGUAGUCAGCUCUACAUGGAGGAGCCAACUGGCGGCGCAGCUGCCUGCAUGCAGCUCUUCAACGACUAUCUCAACAUGAACUAAAACGAAGAAUUGGGAGCCACAACAGCCUGCCGCAUUUGUUACUCUAGCUAAAUUGAAAAACAAAAAUUGAGGAAAAAGGAGUAAGCAGGCGGAGGAGAGGCCGUAUACGAGCCAACUCUCCUGAAGCGAGUGUUUUAGUUUUUUAAAAUCAUUUGAUUUUUUUUAUAUACACACACACAACACACAUCUAAAACCGAGAGAAAACAAAGCAAACUAAAAACGAAUUUCUUGUUAUUUUUGUUGAGUUUUUUAGUUCUUUGUUUACACACACCUACCUAAACGAAAAAAAAAGCAAUUUUUAGUUUUAUUUUAUAAAGCAAAUUUUUUAUACAUUUUACCAAAAAAAAAAAAACAAACCGAAACGUAAAACAAAAAAAAAAAAGGAAAAAACGAGUAGAGAUAUGAAGGGUCAAAAAAAGAAACAUUUACAUCACGAUUGAGGGAAAAGUUUUAUUUAGCAAAAAUUGAAGGCAGGGCAUUAAAUUGUUUAAACAAAUCAUGAUAAUUGCUGUGCUGCUCAAUAACACAAAAAAUCAUUAAAAUAAAAGGAGAAGGAGUAGAGUAGGAGAGUAAAACAGGAAGAGAGAUGGGGAGAUCAUGAAGAAACAUUUGCUACAAUUUAUGAAACGUAAAAUUACAAAACCUAAAUUUAAAAACAACAUAAUCGAUAAGUUGCACAUCUUUACCUAAGCGAUUGGUAAUUAUUCCUAGUUUUAGUAAGCGAAAGGAGAACCUCUGGAACCGAUUUAGUUUCUCGCUCCAGUUCAUAAAAAAAAGUUCAGUUAGUCCUCAGAGUAAUUCAAUACACCCUGCAAAGCACCCACCCACCCAUAGCAGCCAGGCGGCACAUGCAACAAGGUCACCAACACCAACACCACCCCCUUUCAGGAGUAUUUCAAGCAGGCGACCCACACCCACGCCCCCAAACUCUUAGUUAAGUCCUCGAAAAAACAAAAAUGAAAAGAAAACAAAAUAUAAUACAAAUACUUUUGGCGCAGCGUGAUCAUUAAUUAUUAAGUCUAAGUGUUAGGUUAUAGCGAUCUUCUUGUAUAUGUCUAGGGUUCUUCUCUUUGUCUAAAUAGCAGAGCAGCCGUAUGUGAUGGAUCUCUAAAGGUAGAGUGAGGACCCCGCAGGUGCGAGCAAACCACAUGCAGGCACUCACUAUCGAUUUAGUUUAGUAAGUUGUUGUAAGGUCGAUUUUUCUAAAUUUUAAAUAUGGUAUGCAAGCAAACAUCCAACAAUUUAUAGAGCGGUUCAAUGUUUCCUGUUUUGUGUUUAUUCCGUGCUUAGAAAAGUCACCAAAAUCCUGGGGUAUAAGUCCUUCCCAAUCUCUCAGUCCCCCCCCAAACCCCCAACCACGAACUCGAAAUUGUGAGUAUUUAAUCGAAUUAAAAUAAAAAGUCCCCUUUUGUGAAACUGCUUUGGCAGAUUAAACCCUAAAAUAACUUUCCCGUCUGUGAAAUUUUUAAUAAAAUUGAAAAUUAAAAACCAAUUGAUAUGUUCCCGUCUGUGACAAAACUAUGCAAGGCAAUUCAAAUCUUCAGUUUUUCUUCAACAUCAAUCAACUGUGAAUGGAACUCUUAGGUUACCUAAAUCUUAAAUAUUCUGUGAACACUUGAAUGUAAUUGAAAGUAAAAACCAUUUGAUAUUUACCAACUGUGAAAUGUUUAAUGAAAUUGAAAUUAAAACACCUUGAUAUUACCCUGUGAAGAGAAGUUUAGGCCAGCUAAACCUUAAACAAGAUCAGCAGAAACUGUGUUAGAUUAUCCAGCUUUGGUUCUCUUAAUUUCCCGUUUAAAAAUGUCGUGAAAUUUUAAUAAAAUUAAAAGUAAAACCCCUUUUGAUAUGUAGCCCACUGUGAGAAAAUGUUUAGGCAGCCUAAACUCAAAAUCGAUCAGCAGCCGGAGCUGUGUUACCCCAUUCCCUGAAUCCCUCGAGUUCGUUACGAACUCUUAAAUUUAGAUCCUCUAAGUUUCGUCAAAUCAUCUGUGAGCAGAGUGACGGGUCUUUCCCAAACAGCAUUCCAUUUCGGAAUGAUGUCGUUGAGAAGACUCGGCACUCUUAAAGAACCUUCACUGUGAGCGUUCGAAAGGACAAAAUUUUUGAGAAAAAUUCUAAACCCACACAAAAUUGUGACUAGGCCAGGCCCAACGAAAUCCUUGUGACGCCGGUUGAGAACAAACAUUUUCAGAAAAUGUCUAAACCACGACCCCAAACCAAAAUUGCCUCCACUAAGACAGCCAAAACUGUGACAUCCCCAAUUUGCUCAUACCCUGUGAACAUUGAAAAUGUAUUUGUAUCCCUGUGUGUGUUGACCUUCGGAAGGAAUACGAUUUUUGUGAAAAAUGUAAAACCCCAACCCCGAAAGCACUUGUGAAUGCUCCUAGAAUAAGCGGUAAUCUUUCGUUUCAGAUUAUUUCGGAUAUUUCUCAGCAGUGUCUGGAAUUUUCUUUGAAAAAUAAUUUGAAAAACCUCCUCGAAUAACUGUGAAAUCCCCUUCCUUAGAUUCCCAACCUCGAACCCUUUUAUUAUCCCCCUUUGGUGACUUUUGGUGUGGGAUCUGCUUGAAAUACGAAACCCUGGGGAUCGGGAAUGGAAUCCCAACUUGCAUGUGCUGCAGUAAUCUUCAGUAAUCACAAAUCGAACGCCUCCUUUUUGGGCAUUUAGCAUUGCCGCCAUUUUACAUACCAAAUAUAAUACACGUUAAUUAAACGACAAUUUUUUCAGAACGCAUGAAGGGACAAACUGAGUGAUAGUAAAUUUUUUUUUGUAAACAAAACCUACGAUAACGAGAUGUCUUCGUUAUUCCUACUUAUAUAGAGCUACCUACCGUUAAGUUUAUAAGUACAUACCCUAUACCAUAUACCCUAUACCGUAUAAAACGUACACCUAACUAACCUAAAUUGAUAGAAACUACACUUUUUGGCAUUUACUUGAGAGGAUUAUAUAUAAGUUUGGCACAGUUAUAUAUAAUUUUCGUCUAAAUUUAAGGUUUUUAAUCUAGCAUACAUCUACGCGCAGGAGGAAAGAGAGGAAGUGAACUUAUUUAUAGGCAAGACCCACACACACAAAACAUGACACACGACACACAGAUACAGAUACAGCAUAUAGUUAUAUAGAUAUUUAAUUGGAGUAACCCCUAGCCCUACGCUAAACUACACUACAAAUUGUAUUGGUAUAAGUUCUACGCAAGCUAAGCUGCCUUGCACCAAAGGCAGUGGCACCCGCACCACCAACUACUUCGUAAGUCAGCCCGUGUUUUAGUUUGAUUCAGUGUUUGUUUUAGUUAAAUGUGCUAGGACGGCGCCUCGAUCGCGUCCAGUCGAGAGAUAAAACCACAAACUUAUGCCCACCUCAGCCACCAAGAAAGGAUAGAACGAAUAUAAAGAGAGAGAGCCCCAAACAUUAAUAGUCAGACUUCCGAUCACAACUAACUCUAAUGAAUCGCAACCACUAGACGGCGAAUGAAUAACAUAGUAGAGGUCUUGAGUCUUUAAUGAGGAAGAGAAGGCGAUUGAGCGAGAGUAAAACACAUUAAAAUGUAAUUUAUAUUACCUCCUUAGCAAAAAUCAAUAACAAAUAACGAGUAACAAUUAACAAAUAACAAAUAACAAUGUUUUCUUAAUGCAUAUAAACGAACUAUGAUAAAUCAAGGCGAAGUAAAACAAAAUAUGUACGUUUAAAUCAAGUAAUCAAUUCAUAAACAAUUAAAAGCAGUUUUUGUUUAGUUCAUAAUUUGUACUCAAAAAAAAAAAACCAGCACUUUUCAUAUUUUAUGUUCAACAAAUGAAAUAUUUGCGCGCCUUUCCCUUUUGAAUCUUUUCGUGAUCUUCAGUUACUGAAACAUGCCAAAAUCCGUGUGUAGAGCCCAGCAGAAGCAGCAGCAAAAUGUUUAAACUUUAACCGAAAUUCUUAAAAACCAAUUUUUGAUGGCUCCCUCCGAGCUUUCUCAGAUCAUCUGAUGACGAAAUGUACAAAUUGGUGAAGUUUAGGCACUUUCAACCGCAGUCCUCAUCCGAAUUCCCAAGGUCAAGGCAAUAUAGCGCAGCAGAUAUUUCCUACAACUACACUACCCAGAGUAAUCCCCCCACUUUGUAUGCCCCCGCCCCAACCGCCAAAUUUUACUGAUUGAUUUUUUUUUUUUUUUUGUCCAUCCGAAUGUAAUUUUUGUUUAUUUUAAAUAUACACACUUAGCACACUUUUGUUUAUGCCUAAUUCGUAAUGUGUAAUAUAUGUAUACUUUGUACCUUUUUAUGUUAUACACAAGUCCCCAUGAUGAGAGCCCCAUCCAUCCCCCCAAGGAAUCCACCCCUCGCCCAGUGUUUAAUCCCCCUCCCCUCACCAACCCCUACGCUCCUACUCUCCUACACAUUUUGGCAAUUCAACUUGAAUGUCUACUUUUAAUGUAAUUUAGUUGAAUAUUUUAGUUGAUUUUUAUUAUUAUUAUUCGUACUCCGUAUGGAAACUAAAUAAAUUUAAUUGUAUUUGAAUAAAAGAAACGAAACGAAAAAGGAAUAAAAUUACAUUACUUUCUGCUAUUAUUAUUACUACGAUUAAUAUUGAAUUUUUGUUGAAUUUUCAAAUGAUUAAAUGAAAUAUUUUUAAUAAUUUCCAUUUCGUUUUAUUUUGUCCCCGCCCCUCUUUCAUUUGUUUGGUACCCAUUCUUUUCGGUUGCAACUGCAUUGAUAAAGCCCAUAAGUGGAUAAUAUAACUAAGUGCCGGACGACAAAACUGCCGACUAGAAGGAGCAGAAACCUUUACCGAAAUGUAUUGCUUAGCAUCUGGUAGGAAAAGCAUUCCCGAUCCAGUUUCCUCCGAUCGCGACUUAGUUUAGCAGCUACCUCAGUUUAGUCACAUCGAUAGAGUCUUAAUUAAACCACACAGUACAUAGUUUACUCGACGUAGGAACAUGUUAAUCGCAGCUUUUAAACAGAUAGCUUAGAACGAACACCCAGGGUUGCAUGGGAAGAAUGCAACGGUUUAUUUAGAGACGACCCCACUCCAGUUUCCCGAGUUUGGAUUUAUACCCCUUCCUUUGCGUUGUUCUUUAGCUAACUUGCUUACUGAGUUACCUGCGUCCCCUGAUGCACUAAAUCAAUUUCUUAGUUGAAUUUUGAGUUGAAAGCGCAGAAAGCUGAGAUGAGAAUGAUGAUGGUCAAUGUUGUAGUCGAAUUUUUGUUCACGUUUGUUCUCGUUAAGUUGAAGAUUUCAUGCCAAAGUACAAACCUUAAAUCAAUUCUUCGUAAUUCCUAUCUUCCUAUUACCUAUCGUAAUACAUACCUACCUACCUACCCCUACCCCAACCCCUCUACCCAAGGUCCCCACUUUCUUUGAAGUUAUACCAAACUGAGUUCGCUUGAGGUCGUCUGCCUCACAUCCCAAUUGGGCUGCAUUUGUUUAGCGUCUAAGUGUAUUUUGUAUAUUAUAUAUAUGCUAGCCAUAUACCAUAUAUUUUAUAUGGUGGUCAAGAAGAUACAUAUACGCAGGAAUACGAUCCCCGAGGAAAAUUUAGUUGCAUUUUUGGCAUUUUGCACAGGUUUUGCUAGAAACGAAUUUGGUUUACUUACUAUAAUUCGUAUCCGUAUUUGCUAUUGGCAUUGUAUUUGAAUAUUGUAUUGGAAUUAUCCCUAGGGUUACGUAGCAUUUAAGCAGCAGCGAGUGCGAGCAGUAUAACGAACCGAUGUGUGACGAACCGCUGGUUAAGUGGACCAACAGUCGGUUGAUCAGAUCUUUGGGUCCCCCCAGAGAUUCACUAUUACUAGGCGUGGGUCCCUCUUAGUGGUGACCCAACGCAAACUGGAGUGUUGAGCAAGCAAUACGAGCGAAGGCCCCCAAUGGCAGCCAAUCUGCGGAAACUGCAAAAGCCCCAACUCGCCGCCUCUGGGCUUUUUGAUUUAGCUAAUAGGUUAUGUAGGAAACACUAACACACACACCACUCCCACUACACUAGACACCACACUAUAUCUACAACAUACAAAUAUAUUAUACAUCUUUUUUGAGGCGCACUAGUGCUGAUGUGGAGUAUGAAUUGUCGAACAAUCGUUGCCAUUUAUUUCGCUAUAAGUCACCAGUCCAAGUCGUGUCUAUGUGUUGUACUUAGGUUUUAGCAGUGCCCACGAUUCGUUUUUAAACUUAUAAUCCUCGAUGUUGUGUUUUGUUCUCUGUAGGAUCAUGUAUUACCUAGACUAGCACUAAAGCAUAGCCUAAGCUUCAUGAGCAUAUAGCAUAUAGGAUAUAGCAUAUGUAUGAAUGUAUAUGAGUAUUUAAUGGGUAUAGGGAUAAAGCUUAAGAUAAAGAUACAGAUAAAGAUAGAAGGCGAAACCGAAGGACUGAUCCUGUGCGCGUGUCGUGUGUCGAUAUUUGAAAUGUGAUCCAAGACUGACUGACUAAAAACAAACUCCAAGCAAGGCAAGAUGAAUAACGAUAAAGCAUAAGUACUAUAUAGAACAUCCAGGCAAUUCAGGUAUGCGAACUAAUCAAGAAUUCAAGGACUUCCAGCGAACACAGAGACUAACUACGAAGCAACAAAAGCAAACAGAACUUUCUACCUCAUUGUUGAAACGUUUGUAGCCGAGUGUGUGGCUCUUUAGCACCCGACAAUACCUCAGAUGCAGAACCAAAAAAGAUUGAAGAUUUGAAGAUUGAAAUGGGAGAAGAAAGCAGAAGAUAGGAGAGAAGGAUUCCGAAGUAGAGAUGAAGGACUUUCAGUGUAAAUUUAAUACGUAUUACGGUGUAGUAACCAUCAUCUCCAUCUCUAUGUCAUAUACGAUAUAUACGAUGUAUCUCAUCGCCAGUCACGUCAGUCAUCACAAACACAUACAGAGACAAACGCCACACACACACACACACACACACUGCCACAGUCUCAGGACCUCAAUCGUCUCAUCGCAUUCCAUUAUCUUAGGGAUAUAUAGUCACACAGUCACGCGUAAGAAGACAACACCAAGGCAAAUCAAAUCAUUCCAAUCGAAUCAUUCGAAACGAAUCAUUUAGGCUAAGCGAAAGGACGAAGCAGGACAGCCACAAAAUAGUUGAUAAGCACUACAAUUGGCAUCAUUAACAAACUUAACAAUCAUUUUGCAACACACUUUUGUUUGGAUUCGUAUAUGCACUUGCAUUUGCAUUUGGAUUCACUUGAUUUCCGAUUGAAAAGAGCUCCCCGAUAUGUGAUAUUUAAUUGGUAAUUGCAAAAUUGAAUUUGAAAUCGAUAGGGAAGAGAUGAGAUCGCGAAGGAAACUCAACAUCUGUGAGCAUUGGCUUAGCACUUAAGUUCGAAAGAGAUUAAGGAUUAUAUAUACGUGUACUUAGAUUCGUAAAUUCGGAUUUGGAUUCGGAACACCAACUGUGAGCGCAUUAAAGAUGAACGAGAUCUGAAAUCAAAUGAACUUUAAGAAAAUCAUAUGUGGUAUAUUUUUUGGCUUGAAAUUUGUAAAAUUCGCAUAGGAAUCGAAUUCGAUCGUCUAUUUUGGAUAUUGUACGAGUACUUCGGUAAGCUUAGGUUUAGUUCUUCCACAAAAUUGAAAAAAAAAAAAACAAAAACAAAGAGAAAAUAAAACAAAAAAAUACACUUUGAGUCUGCAUCACAUCUGCUAGGAAACGAAACAAUCAUGCACUUUUCGAUAACUCAUAACUGUGACGAAAUUUACACGCAAUCCAGCAUUCGAGACAAGAUUACCCUAAGUUAAUCAAAAUUGACAAGAAACGUUUUUGUGGCUGCCUCGAAUAAAAAAGUAAAGUAAUCACUCGCUAAGUAGACCGCUUCGGGUCCCCUAAGGACCCCCAGGCAUAGAUAUCUAAGCUCUAGGCUAAGCACGCUUCCCAACUAACUGCCAUUGUCCUAAAAAAAGGACAAUGGGGUACCAAUAUUAUACUCACUCUCUUAACACACACUCACACACACACACGAAUACAAAUUAAUGGAAUAAUUACCUCAGAUUAGAAUUUUUCUAGUUUAAUUCUUACAAAUAUACAUAUAAAUGUUAAAUGACGAAAAACCAAAUGCAAACUAACGAAAAUAUUAUGAAAAUCACUUAUACACUCCACAAAAACAAAAAGAAAAAAACGAAAGAGCAAAACGAAACGAGCAUUUUUUUAAUGGCGAGUUAUGAGAAAUUUUAAUAGUAAAAUUCAAGAGCAAUUUAUUAUACAAAGGCAAAGGAAAUAAGAAAUAAUUACCUAAGCAAAUACCAUACAUACAUCAAAAUGCAUGCAAUCUCAACUAAACUAAACCAAAAAUCAAGUAAACUAAACUAAAGUAAAUUAAUGCAAACUUUUAAUGUUUCCCCGAUUAAAUAUUAUAGAGCAUACACAUAUAUAAAUACUCAUUAACAUAUAGACCAAGAAGAACGCUGCCAAAAAAAAGAAUAUCAAAGCUGCCACUCCCGCGACUCCCAAAAAAAUAUUGAAAACCCAGCUCAAAAAAAAAAAAAAACUAAAAUAUAUUCGCUAAAACGAGAGGAGUACCAUAUUGUAGGGACUUUAGACAUGUAUAUCUUUUAACGUAUAUUGAUCUUGGCUAUUAUUAUUGCAUUAUUACGCAUUACGCACUGCGAGUAUCGUAUAUCGAGUAUCUAUUAUAUAUGGCAUAUAUUGUAUAUGAAGUUUUCAUUGUACUAUUUAAUAAUCUAUUGGAGAUUGAUCCUUGUAUGUUUCGUUAUAAGUACUUCAUACUCACACCAACAUACACUCACUCAUACUCACUCACCCACACACACACACACAUACAUACACGUACACACACCAACACACUGGCACUGGUCAUCUCGAAGAUCCUUUUCAUAAUGAAGGGGGGCGGGACGGGAGUCCUGAAACCGCGGCUGGGCGUGGUCGCGCCUACUCACAUAGAAGAAUUUCUGCUGCUCAGGUAAAGGCGUUGACCACGCCCCGCCCGGCCCAGAACACGCCCACCACCCCCGCCCCUUACCCGAAGGAUUACUCGAGGAUGCAUCGUGCCAAGGAUUUUGUGUUAAAUUCCGUUUAUUUAGUUAAAACUAGUAUUCCGUCUCUUUCAAACUUCGAGGCUCAGGAGAAGAAAGUUGGAGGAUUGAAGAAAGUGAGAUGAGGAGCAGAAAGAGAGCGAGAAGGAGUAGUAGAGCCAUAGUGGAAUUUUGUUUAAGUUUUUUGUUUCGUUUCUAUUAUUGAAAAGGAAAUUUAUGCAAAUAAUAAGAUAAUAAUAUUAAUGAAAGUACACUUUACCUUAUUUAGAUGCAAUGAAACUUUAAUUCCUUGAAUUAGUCAAAUUUGAUUUUGGACCUGAACAAAAACAAAAUACAAAAACCACAAAAAAAAAAAUGCAAUUACAUGUGUAAAGAAAUCAAAUAAAAUACUUACUUAAAAUAGACAAAUGUGCCGCAGGACGGGGAUUUGAGUAGGCUCAUCCCGAAAGCGAAGUAUCGAUACUGAAAAUAGAUCCCCCUCCUGUUUUGGCACUCCUCCAUUUUGGGUUUUGCCUGGAAAGCGAUUGUAAAACGAAUAUUUAUUGUGUAUCUCUUACUAAGCAAAAAGCGAGCAUCCUUUGAUUUCCUUGUUGAAAACUAAAGCAAAUAUACAAAGCGAAGAGCGAGCGGAGAGAAAUUACAAAGUAACAUUGAACGAUACAAAAAACAUGAACCUCAGCACUCCUGCAUCCUACACAAAUGUAACAAAAUGCAAAAAAGAUAACCCUAAACAAAUCCUAGCGAAUCAAACGAAGAAAGCGAAGAAGGCAGAGAGCGGAGAAAGCGAAGAGAGCCAGUGAGAAAGCAGAGAAAGCAGUCAGCGAAAGCAAAAAGCAGAAGCAAAAGCAAAAGCGCCCCUCCCCCUUUUCGAAAGUACAAAUUGUUUUUAUUGUGAGAUGAUCUUUUAUCGAAACAAAGUUGAAAUGGCAAACUGAUCGAUAAUUAUCGAUUGGCGUCGAUAGGCAAGCAGAGUCUGAGGACCACACCACGAAUUCUGUUCGAUCCAUAGUUUCAGCCCAACUUUGCUUCCGAAAAACCAACCGAAAAAAAACCAAACCAAAAACCUAAAAAAUAUGUAAAAUUAAUAUUAACUCAGAGAACGUUAUCCCGUAGUAGCUUAUCGAAUAUCGUCUAUCGAUACCAGCAGCAAUAAUCCUUUGCCAGCCUCUCUCUAAGCUAACACACACACGCACACAAGCAAACACACUCAUCUAGACACUCACACCCUCAUCCACAUUCACUCAUCGACAUUCAUCAUUGGCAUUAAAUCAUCAAACUAAAAAAAAAAUAUGAAAAAAAAUACGAGAAAAACUAAUUCUAGAAUCACACAUACAAGCAUAUAUUGUACUCCCACAUUUAGCACUUAACACAUUCAUACAUAAAUCACUCAUGAUAUGCGUAUUUGUCUCUAUUUAUAAUAAUAAAAUAAUAAUCUACGGAAUAUGUAACAUUUACUAUGUACUACCUUAUGAAUCGAUUACACUUCUAAUUAUAUACCUAAAUAUAUAUAUUUUGUAUAAGCGAUCGGGUUGGAUCGAUCCAGCAGACUCUCAAAGAAACACAAAUGAAUCUUUCAAUAAAGCGCGACCAUUGUCGCUUAUAAUCAUCAAGAACCU